AUGUUGCUGCGACAAGCGCGGGCGAUCCUGGCGAAUGGAGACGAGUCCGGAAGCAAGAAAGGUCUGAAUUACAUGGCAGUCCUUGCCAAGAAGGUCCCUGAGAAGGAUGCAGGUAAGGAACUCGAAAUGGGAGAUAUUUCUUUCCAGGAUCGCUUGGUGAUGUGCUCGCCUUUCUUCAUUCUGGACAACUUCCUGGGAAAUGCUUACUCCUGUGAGGAGCAGGUUCCCUUGGCUGUGGCAUCGGCACUCUUCCACGGAGUUGUCUUCAGUGCUGUGUGCGCGUUGCCAUGCUACGCCUGCUGCCUCAUGCCAGAGUGGAGAGCGGCAUUCGAUCUCAUGGCUGGGACCUAUGGUCUUUGCAUUGGCUUGCUCGGGGCCCUGUAUUACUUUUCUGUUGGCCAGGGAACUUUUCGAUUCGCCUUGAGUUUGCUGCAGAUUGCAUGCUUGUUUUUCUGGACGGUGCUGACAGUUGCGUUUCUUGUCAGCGCCAUUAUCUACCUGACGGCCGUAUCUGCAGUAGACGAAAGUCUGAUUCCAGAUGCUCUGAGCCCACUUGCCACCAUAAUAGCCUACGCUUCUGUCAUUACAGUACGGUUCAAGGACCUGCAGCAGCACUACAAGGACGUGCUGCAGGGCAAGGGCUCCAAGGGGUUCAUCUUGUCUCAGAUUGACAGGCUGGGAUUCUCCACCAGUUCGAUUAUCUUGCUGGUCAUCGAAGGGGUGUCAGCACUAUUGGGACUUCUGAUCUUGCAGUUGCGCGUCCGGAAUGCCUACGCCGGCCCCGGAAUGCAUGGCAAUCUGUUGAGUUCUGCAGUUCUUCCGAGUUAUGCCGUCGUGCACUCAGUCGUCCAAUUGCGCAAGACAAAGUCCGGCGAUGCGACAAGCACUAUGAACGACGUUUCGUCAGCCAUUCAAGACAUUUUUUGA